AUCGACCAAAACAAUAUUGCUCAGACAUCCGAAUGGGAAAUCGUUUCAAUUUUCUGCACGGACAGAGUGCAUCACAGGACCAAGCACCUUAUUUCACAAGUUUUAUUGUUUCCUCUAAUUUGUGGUAGAUGAAAGUGCAUACAUCAAUGAUCAGUAGUUCUCAGCAAAGUGUUAGAAGUUAUGGUUUCAGUUAACAUAAUUGAACUGUGAGAAGUUUUUAAAAGUGCCACUAUAUUUCUUCGAUUACUGUCUGCGCCAUUGAAGCCAUCUUUGUUUUCAAACGACCUUGAAAGUUAUUUCACGUUCAUGCAAGGAAUUUUCUGUGGUUCUAUAUCUACCUAAACAGUUUCUCUUCUGUUCGAUGUGUGGUGUAUGCGUGUUGCCCCAAUAAAAUCAACAUAAAGUGCAAAUAAUCAUGCCUCCAUAGUCCACUGGAAUACACAGAACCAUUGAAAUAAGUUUUUAGUUAUUCUUCGACUGUUCUACGUGUCGGCUUUCUAAAUUUUGUAUUGGUUUUGAGAAGAACAAUUCACACGACGAUAAGACAGGAAGCAUGGCCAACAGUGUGAGUAGUCAUUUCGGUGACAGAAUCAUAAACAUGUUGGGAUCACCGGAUCAGCAACAGUCAACGUCGGACAGCGGAGUGAACGGCAAUAAUAAUCUUAAGAGCUUUGUUAAUAACAACAUAGCUACAUCUGACAAUAGUAACUACAAUGUGAAUAGUCAUCAAACCAAAAAUGCUGCAUCGUACUGUUUGACACUACAGAACAGCAUUAGCCUGUACAAUUUUUAUGCUAAAAAUGAUAAACGUGACGCAACCAAAGAAGAAAGUACGUCAAGCAGUACUAUUACGGGCAACAUGGUCGACCAAAAAGACACAGUAGAUGGAUCACAGCAAAAGUCUACCAUAAUUUCAACUACUCUUAGUACAAAUGUUCAUAGUAACAUGAACGACCUUCAAAACCAACACCACAACUAUUCCAAAUCCUAUGAUAGUCAGCCGGAUUUAAAGCUAGAUACUUCAUGUGAUGAUCCCAUCGACAGUGACGAUCAUGCUACUACCGAUUCCAUGAAUGAUUGCGUUUCUCCGGCUAAACAAUCAUCGUCAUCGGAUCACAUUGCCAGAAGUCAGCAGAAUGCUACCCCUACGACACCAGAUCAUCACGCUCGACGACCCAUGAAUGCUUUCCUGAUAUUUUGCAAACGUCAUAGAACCAUAGUGAGAGAUCGGCACCCAAAUUUGGAAAAUAGAUCAAUAACCAAAAUUCUUGGCGAUUGGUGGGCGAAUUUAGACAAAGAUCAGAAAGCAAGCUACACGAAUCUCGCAAAGCAGUACAAGGACGCAUUCUUUACUGCUCAUCCGGAUUUUAAAUGGUACAAAUUACCAGCCCCACCGUUGCGGCCCCAAGGUAUACGACCAGUGAAAACGGAACCGUCAGGGUUGGGCUCCGAAUACGAGUAUGGCUAUGGGAUAUCCUAUGAGACAGUUGAAACAAAAGACGAAGAGCAAUUCGACACAGAUCAACGCACAAACAUCACCACCAGUGAGUUUAUUACCGGCGACAAUGAGCUUACUUACGGAGAAUUGCCAACCGAAUCAAGCCCGAAAAAGAAGAAUUUGGAGAUGUCUGUCUUCAAAUUGGCAGAUGAAGCACAAAUGGGUGGUUUGAAUAGCCUUAUGAUGGAUGCGUACGAAGGAAAGAUCAAUCAAAACGAUUCUUCAAGUCCUGGCUAUUGCGAAGCCAAACAGGAGUCCACAAUGCUGGAUCCUAGUUCACCUGAACCCAGAAUGACGAUGGAACCAUGUAUCAACAUGAAGAAUCAUUUUUAUUCCAAACGUCCAAACGAUGUAAAUCGUGAGUUGAGUGCCUAUGAUAGUAAACGGUUUAAGAGAGCUUUUGAUUCAAUGCACUACGAGUACUAUGAUGAAGAUUAUACAAGAAAGACUGCGCGCGCAUGCAAGGGUAAACGAUAUAAGGAAUUCAUGACACAUACGAGACUGAGCUCGGCUUCAAAGAAGACAUCAAAAAGCGCAACUGUCGUCCGAGCGGAACAGCCGCAGGCAGCUGUGGAAAGUGGCCCUGCUCCUAUAGUAACGGAAUACGCCAUCGAUGAUCCGGCACCCAAAACAAAUGGCACGCUGGACCAAAACUACUCCGGAUGCAUCGCGUAUGAAGAAACAAACAUCGUUGGGAAGAAUGAUCCGAAGCAUUUCGAUGCUUCGGAUUUCGAUCUGGACAAGAAAAUCAAUGAACUACCAUGUCUAAAUCUGGACGAGUAUCUCACGAAAAAGAAAGACACCAAGAAGAAAAAGAAAAUCAAAGGAAAAUUCAAAUCAACGAUCAAGCCCCACAUAACCGUCGUUGAGCAGAUGGAGAAAAUUGUGGGCAGCCGUAAGCGGAAGGCUCGCAAGGAAAGCAUCACCCGUCGGGAUGUAAGUUUAUCAGACAGCAACCUGGUGCCUGAGGCGGACGCUUUAUUCGCGCUCGCAACCCUUGCGGAAGUAGCCGCCAACGAAAACCAUAUCGGCGAAAAAACCAUCUAAGUCAAGUUGAAAAUGGUCCAAUUUGAGGCGAUUUGACCGGCAAUGAUCGAACAGCCAGCGUAAUGAUAGAUACCUACUGUUUUAAGUGAAUACAGAAAUUAUUUUCAAAUAUUUGCUACAAGCAUUAGCGUUGUUUGCGUACAACGCAAACAUAAUCCUAGUAACAAACAAAAAUAUAUAAGAGACAAACGAUCACAUCGUUGAUAUAUUUUUAGAUUUAAAUAUCGUUGAUCUGUUUUGAUUUUUAUUUGAUGUGCUAAAUGCCGAAGAUGUACUACAAACGAAUCGAUAGUGCUUGAUUCCUUGUUAUUCAUAUUUCACACUAAAAAGUUGUUACGUAUUGGAAACAAGUCUUUUAUUCUCACAAUUCAUAGUAUUGUCUUGAAAAUAAUGAUCUAAGAUAGAUAUUCCCCCAUUUAUUUAAAAAUAUUUAAGUUGAAGGCAUGCUUUCAAGUACCGUCAAUAUAUUACAUUCAAUAUGAAUAUGCUUUGAAAACAUCUACGGUAGUAUGAUUCAGUAGAUAUGCCCAUAAAACAUAACAUUUCUGCCGUUUCCUAUGUUCGAAAAGUUAAUUAUUAUUAUCUGUGCUUAUGUUAAAUUUAAUAAAUAUUAUCUGGUUUUAGUCUAAUAAAUUGUUCAACAGAAA